CACGGUUCCAACGCUUAGCUGUGUUGCCUAAUACAUAAGUCUUAACAUGUUCAUCCUCUUAUGACAACUGUCUAGCGUUUACGCAUAGCCCUUUCCGCACUCGGAAUUUUGGCAGCUUUGCCAGCAGAGGUUGCAAGAGGCCUAGGCAGUCAUCAUGAAGCGAUUUCGGGAAGAUGCUCAGCCGACAGGGCCAGUGAAGCGUGGCAGCGGCCCGCCUCGGCCUACGCAAGCCCCAGCGCAACCGACCACCAUGGGCGGCACUAAGCUGACCACCAACGACGCUUUGAGUUACCUGCGGGAGGUUAAGAACCGCUUUGCUGACCAAAAGGAUGUCUACGACACCUUCCUUGAGAUCAUGAAGGAGUUUAAGGCGGCCAGGAUUGACACUACCGGUGUUAUCCACAAGGUUAAGCAGCUUUUCAAGGGGCACAGGGAGCUCAUUCUUGGCUUCAACACUUUCCUGCCGCGGGGCUAUGAAAUAGAGCUGCAACGUAUCUCGGAUGACGAGGAAGAAGAAGAUCAGGGCAACAAGCAGCCCGUUGAGUUUGACCAGGCCAUUAACUAUGUCAACAAGAUCAAGACCCGCUUCGCAAACGACGAGCGUGUGUACAAAGCGUUCCUGGAAAUCCUUAACAUGUACCGCAAGGGCCAGAAGACCAUUAACCAGGUCUACGACGAGGUUGCCGUGCUGUUCCGCAGCCACCAGGACCUCCUGGAGGAGUUCACGUACUUCCUGCCGGAUGGCACGCAGUCGGGAGCGGCUGCCCGGCAGAGGGCGGGCUUCCCGCCGCCGCGGAGGCCGGGGCAGGGGCCAAUGCAGCCGGUCCCGGGUCGCGUGCGCGUGCCACCGCAGCCAUACCCUGGUGGAGCCGUGAGCCCGGAUAUGCGCACCAUGCACGGAAGGCGCAAGAUGAAGGUGGAGGGCGGCUUCCGCCGUGAUGGCGAUGAUGACGAAGACAUGGGCCGCGGCUCUGGGCGGCCGCAGCUGGCGAAGGAGCUUGCGUACUUUGAGCGCGCCAAGUCGCGGCUGCGCAACAAGGACGCAUACAAUGACUUCCUGAAGUGCCUCAGCAUGUACACCCAGGAGAUCAUCAGCCGCCAGGAGCUGAUGCAGCUGCUGAACGACAUCAUUGGCCGCUUCCCGGACCUCAUGUCGGGCUUCCAUGAGUUUAUUGCCAAAUGCGACCUCAUGGAGAUCGACGAGAACAAGGUGCGGGGUCUGGCGGCGCAGAACCUGGCGCGGCAGCGGCAGCGUGAGGAGGAGCUGCAGCGGCAAAAGUACCUGACGAAGCCGCUCAGCGAGAUUGUGUCCGGAGACACCGAGCGCGUGACGCCCUCCUACGUGAAGAUGCCGCCCGGCUACCCGACACUGAACAUGUCGGGCCGCAUGCAACUGGGGGACAGCGUGUUGAACGCGGACCUGGUGAACGUCAUCACCGGCAGUGAGGACUACUCCUUCAAGCUGAUGCGCAAGAACCAGUACGAGGAGGCCCUGUUCAGGUGUGAGGACGACCGGUAUGACUUUGAGAUGGCCAUCGAGCGCAACGUGGCCUGCAUCAAGCGCCUGAAGCCGCUUGCCCAGAAGAUUGCGACUAUGACACCGGAAGAGCGCGCCACCUUCCGGAUGGACGAAAACCUGCUUGGCCCGCUGCACUGGCGCUCCAUUGAGCGCCUGUACGCUGAUCAGGGCCCGGUGCUGGUGGACCUGCUGAGGAAGAACCCCGUGGUGGCCAUCCCGGUCGUGGUGGCGCGCAUGGAGCAGAAGGACGACGAGUGGCGCCGCGUCCGUGUGGAGAUGAACCGCGUGUGGAAGCGCAUCUUCGAGGCCAACUACCACAAGUCGCUGGACCACCGCUCCUUCUACUUCAAGCAGGCGGAGAAGAAGGCGCUGCUGCCCAAGACGCUAGUGGCGGAGGUGCGGGAGGCGGCCGACCGGCGCCGCCAGGACGAGCGCUCGCUGCGCGCCCUCAGCCUAGCGUACCGCUACGACGCCGUGCUGGAGGCCUCCACGGGCGACCUCACAUACGACUACACGGAAAAGACGGUAUUUGGCGACAUCUACCGCAUCCUGCGCACGGCCGUGGACGAGACGUUGGGCAGCGGCCACCGCGAGCAGGUGCUGGAGCUCUACCUGGGGCUGCUGGAGCCCUUUUUCGGGCAGGAGGUACGGCAGGCGGAGCUGGAGGCGGUGCGGGCUGCCGUGGCGGAGAGCGAGGACGACGGGGAUGCCACUGGGUCGCGGCCCGCCGGCGCCGGUGGUCGCGGCCGCGGCGGCAACCGGGGCCGCGGCCACCGCCACCACCAUCACCACCACAACAACCAUAACCACAACAACCAGGCAGCGGCGAAUGCAGCAGCAGCGAAUAAUAACGCUAGUGGGGCACAGGGUGCAGGCGGAUCUGCGGCUGCAGAGGGCAUGGACGCGGACGCGAAGAGCGAGAGCAGCGACCAGGACGGGACGAAGGCGCGGGGAGAUGAGGAGAUGACGGAUAUGGAGAACAAGACACCGCAGCCAGGCGCGACACCUGAGCCGCGGGGUCCGGAAGAGGGCGCAGCAGCGGGGGGCAAGGAGGGCACCGCGGGUAUUAGCGACAAGGAGGGCGAUGACGACGAGACGUCAGCGGAGGCGGGCCGCGGGCAAGGCGACGACAGUGCAGCUGUGGCAGGCGCCUCGGGCGGUGCUGGAGCGCAGUCAGACUCGCGCUUGGACCGGGCGUACGCAGCCUGCAAGCCGCUGUACGUGUACACGGGAGGGCCGUCGGCCAGCGAUGUGCCGCCGGGGCAUCACCUGCUGUUUGGCAACGAAAACAUCUACAUCUUCUACAGGUAUCACCGGAUCCUCUUCGAUCGGCUUUGCACGGCACGCAAGUGCGUGCAAGCCAAGUGCAACGCCGCGGCCGCAAACAACGGGCGGCACCAGCAGUCGGACACUACUCUGGGCGGAUCGGUUACGCCAGAUGCCGCCGAGACCCGCACGGCGUAUGAGGAGCUGCACUCGUCCUUCAUGUCCAUGCUCUUGCGCGUGAUGCGCGGGCAGCUGGAGAGCAGCGUGUACGAGGACCAGUGCCGCAGCCUGCUGGGGACGGGCUCCUACGAGCUCUUCACGCUCGACAAGCUGUCGGCGAAAAUUGUCAAGCACAUGCAGUUGAUGCUGCAGGACGACACCACCACCAAGCUCUGGGAGCUGUACAAGUACGAGCGCUCCCGAAGCGUGCCCAUCCACACGACACUGUACCACGUCAACUGCCACGCCGUGCUCACGGACGACCCCUGCUUCCGCAUCGCAUACAACACGCAAAACUCGACGCUCACCAUCACGCUGGUGGAGCCGGAUAAGGCCCCGGAGGCGCUUGGCAGCGCCGCGGAGGGCUACAUCACCGACUACAUCAGGAGCUAUGUCAGCGCGCCCACGCCAUCCCCGUCUACGUCGCCGCCUCCGCUGUACCUGCGCCGCAACCUCUCGCAGCGGGCUCGCCAGGGCCCUGACGCCGAGCUCAUCGAGGUGCUCCGCUCGGUGGCCAUCUUCAACGGCCUGGAGUGCAAGAUCAGCUGCACGACAUCCAAGGUGUCGUACGUGCUGGACACGGAGGAUGUCAUGUGCCGCAAGUCCGCGCGGCGGGGGCCGGAGCCUGACACCCGGAAGCAGCUGCGCUCGGACCGCUUCCAGCGCUGGCUUGAGGAGCGCACCGCGAUACGCAGCGAUGAGGUGGAAGCCAUCAUGGCGCUGGGCCGGGGGGCUGAGGCGCUGAUGGAUUGAAGCAGUGUGGGUUGUGGUGUUAUCGGUGGGUUAGUGCAAGCGGCUGCCCUAGACUCAUGACAUGAAGAUGGCAGGGAGCUGUAGAUAGUAGCUAGUGGGACUUACUGUGGAAGUGGGUGGUGUGGCGGCACGGAGCGUUGUUUGCGUUUGAGAGUCACGGCUGGGUAGUGGCGCUCCCUCGUGACGCGCCGUGCUGUUUCUGUUGACGCUGCAUUAGCACACAAGCAGUGUGUCUGGUAGAGACUAGGCUUGUCAUCCGGACGGCGGGAAUGCGGCUCGCUGGGGUUACUGCGGAUAGCUUACUCGGCUAGACUUGUUACAAUUUCAGGCGGUUAUGGAUAUGACCGUCGCGGCUUGUUUAACGCAUUGACAUCUCAUUCGCUGGAAGUGUUCAGCAUGCUUGGCACGGGCUGCUGCUUCUGGAACUUCAUGGACGGACGCCUUGUAUGGAUUGCCUGUCACCUGUGUACUGUCUGAGAAGAGAAUGAACUUGCCAGCGCUAAGUCUCUACAUUUUGACGAUUGCGCUUUCGGGGGUCAGGCGGCGGGGCGUGAAGGUUUGCCAUGUGUGCAUAUCGGGGCAUUUUGCUGUGGCGUCUGUUGGUAAGGGCCGUAGAGGCUCGUACCAGCCACACCGGAUUACGCGUGGGACAUCGGGGUCUCUAUUUCUGCAGGCUAUGUUGUAUACUUGACCCUAAACGCGUGUUUUAUGCCCUAUCCUUUUAACGCCAUGGCGGCGGUGUGGGC